AUGGCGCCACGGGAUACAAAGGCGAAAAGGGGGGCGACUCUUGUCAUGGAGACUAAUAGUAGCAGUAUAGUCUCAAAACGCAGCGUCGAGCGCCUUUACUACCCUGAGCCCCAUUUUUUCCGUCAUUUUGUGAAGAAACCUCAGAGACGAUCUCCAUUGAUCAAUCGAGGAUACUGGCUGCGCAUGCAUGCCGUGGAAACUUCCGUGCGGAAGUUUCUCGAAGAGCCAUCCGAACUCCUAAAGGUGGUCGUGAACUUAGGCUGUGGGUUUGAUCCAUUGCCCUUUCAAUUCCUUAGCCGGGACCGCACCUUAUGCCAGAAUGUGAAAUUCAUAGAUGUUGACCACCAUAAGCUGAUGGUGAAGAAGCGGGAUGUCAUAAACCAAUGCACUGCGUUAAGUGGCCUGCUUUCAGGUGCUCAAUUGCUCCCUGAAUCUGGCAGUGUUCUUCUGCGAAGCAAAGAAUACGUUGCUGCGGGAUGUGAUCUAGGGGAUCUAAACAAGCUCGACGUCGCACUGAAGAAUGCGAUAGGGUUAACUGAGGUUUCUAUCCUCUUCAUAGCAGAAGUUUCAUUAACUUAUAUGGAAGUUAGCUUAGCGGAUGCGCUUAUUCAGUUCCUUCCGAAAAUAAGCAAUGACGUAAAUUUCUGUUUACUCGAGCAGUAUUUCCCAGAUGGACCAAGCCACCCAUUUGCGGUUACAAUGAUGAAACAUUUUCUAAAACUUCAAAGUCCAUUACAUUCAAUCCACAAAUACCCUUCCCUUGACCAGCAGGAAGUGCGUUUUCGCGAGUCUGGCUGGACAACCACAAAAGCAACGAAUUUAUGGGAGCUGUGGAGUGAUCCAACAUUUUUAACCGAAGAGCAACGAUUGUCGCUCGAUUCAGUUGAGGUAUUUGAUGAAUGGGAAGAGUUCGCGCUCUUUGCGUCUCACUACUUCCUACUGUCUGCCUCCACUCGAAGCACGGCUACUGGAUCAACACUGUUAAAUGGAACUGAAGUACCUAAUGUAGAGCCAAUCCUUUUGAUGCUGGCUCCGCUCUGCCCUCCAAAAUUCUCCGGCCAACGGCGCUUUGGCGCAAUAGUGCCUACAACCGCUAAAUCAUUUGGAUUACACGGCGGCCUGGGCCCCCAGACUCGACUUUCCUCGACUGAUGAAUAUACCUCAUCUAGUACUGACACAGCGGCGACAGGAGAAAUGCCACCGCUCAGCAGCAUGGAGGCUCGAAUGUGCCACACCAUAACCCAAUUCGAUGGACAUGAUUGCUUGCUUGUAGGGGGCCGUGCUUCCCCACACGAUGUCAUGGCUGAUUGUUGGAUAAGAUGGGCGGGGCAAUGGCGCCGAACUGACAAUUUGCCGACUCCUCGAUACAGACACUGCGCAACCGCAGUGGAUUUGGGAGAGGGGAAUUCUCAUGUUCUCAUCUAUGGUGGGAGAAGCACCUCUGGUGAGGUUUUGAAUGAUUUCCUUUUAUGGAAUGAGAUGGAAGGUUGGCGGACAGUUAAUGUAACCAAUCAGUCUCUCCCUGCUAGAUUUGGUGCAUCAAUUGCCAAUAUCGAUAGACAGUCCGGAAUCUUGUUGGGCGGAAUGACACGGGAUGGAGUCGUAUUGAAUGACUUCUGGAUAUGGAAACUCACCACAUCUAGCAGUGGAAAUAUACGCCUCGAGCUAAAUAAUCUCACGGAAAACCUUCUGGCGGUCAACCCUUUACAUAAAUGGCUAGGACGCUUUGGAGCAUCAGUAACAACAACGGAAAGGGGAACUUUUAUUAUUGGCGGGAUAGCAAAACACAACUGCAUCCCACAGGAAUACGAAAUAAUGCUUCUGAAUAAUCAUUCGCUGAAGGACAUGACACUAUCUCCCGAUAGGUCACUUCUGACAGCAGUUGGACUCGGUUCCGAAUUUAACCGACCCCGACCACUCCUGGUUGGUCACUCUUCCUGCGCAACUGGUGAUGGUGACGUGCUUAUCGUCGGCGGCGGCGCCGUCUGUUUCUCAUUCGGAGUCCACUGGAAUGAAGGCACUUGGCUAUUGCAGAGUGCACGAUCUGAGACUAUGAACUCAUGGACUCUCCAUGAACAAGCGGCAAGUUCCGAAGCCAACCCGCCUGAAGGAGUAUCUGAAACAGCAGACGUUCAUACAGGCACUACUGAGAUGCAAACGAUCCCUCGAGUCAUUAUUUCGAGUGCAAGAGAGUUCCAAAUAAUCGUCGACAAUGCGAAACCAGUUAUUCUUAGUGACCUGAAUAUUGGGUCGUGUCGAACGGCUUGGACGAAGGAGUAUCUUGAGAAAGCUAUCGGGCGGGAUCGCAAGGUGGUCGUCCACGAAUCAAAAUCGUCAAACAUGAACUUCCAAACCAAGAACUUCGCGUACGUCACCAAGGAGUUCGGAACCUUCCUCGAUGAAAUUUACAAUAACGGGUCCAAGCAAUACCUCCGCUCCAUGUCUUCCACAAACCCUUCAGAACACCCAACAAACCUAGCACGCGAUUUUCCUGGUCUUCAAAACGACUUCCACCUGCCCCCCGAGCUAUCUCUAGUUUCAGAGAACGCGCACAGCUCUCCCCUUCGGAUAUCCGGUCCCGUUAUCCUAUGGCUGCACUAUGACGUCCUUGCGAACGUCCUCUGCCAAAUCCAAGGCCACAAACGCCUAAUCCUCUAUCCACCCACCGACGUAACACACCUCUCCUUCCCCCCCGGCUCCUCAAACUCCUCCACAACCCUCUUCAAAAACAUAACCGACACCACUCCGCUCUCCCCACCCAAUACCCACCCCUUCUCAGCCCUUCUCAAACCCGGAGACGUCCUCUUCAUUCCCCCGCUCUGGCUACAUACGGCGAACCCAACGGAUGGAGAAGUAAGCGUAGCCGUCAACGUAUUCUUCCGUAACCUUGAUAAGGGCUAUGCGGCCGGUCGAGAUGUGUAUGGCAAUCGAGAUUUGCAAGCGUAUGAGAGGGGGAGGGCUGAAGUGGAGAAAAUUGCACGGGCAUUUGAUGGGGUUCCGCGCGAUAUGGCUAGGUUUUAUCUUGAGCGCCUUGCUGAUGAGCUUCGGGGGAAGGCAAGGGGGUGA